UCUAUCCUGUGUAAACCCACUUUCCAUGGCUCAAGGCUGUGGAACCCUGGGAUUUGUAGCAUACGCACUCUUGUGAAACCACAACUCCCAGGGGUUGGCUAGGAUCAUUACUGAGAUCCCAGUCUCAUUGAGUUGCUGUGAGUUUCCCUGGGUUGUAUGGCCAUCACUCCCGCCGUUUCGCCCACAUCUAUGGCAGACAUCCUCAGAGGUUGUGAGGUCUGUUGGAAACUAGGCAAGUGGAGUUUAUAUAUCUAUGAAAUGUCCAGGGUGGGAGAAAGCACUCUUGUAUGUUGGAGGCAAGCAUGAAUGUUGUAAUUAAUCACCUUGAUUAUCAUUGAAUAGCCUUGAAGCUUCAAAGCCUGGCUGCUUCCUGCCUGGGGGAAUCUUUUGUUGGAAGGUGUUAGCAGGAUUAAGCCCAGUGUGUUGGAGCCCCUAAUAGUUCAACUGCUGACUUGAAGGUUGAGUUGCAGACCUGAAGGUUGCUGGUUCGAAUCCAACCCAGGGAGAGUGCGGAUGAACUCCCUCUGUCAGCUCCAGCACCAUGCGAGGACAUGAGAGAAGCCUCCCACAAGGAUGGUUAAACAUCGGGGCGUCCCCUGGGCAACGUCCUUGCAGACGGCCAAUUCUUUCGCAGCAGGGUCUGGAGAACAAGCCAUAUGAGGAGCGUCUUAAAGAGCUGGGCAUGUUUAGCCUGCAGAAGAGAAGGCAUGAUGAGGGCCAUGUAUAAAUAUGUGAGGGGAAGUCAUAGGAGGGAGCAAGCUUGUUUUCUGCUGCUCUGGAGAAUAGGAUGCGGAACAAUGGCCUCAAACUACAAGAAAGGAGAGUCCACCUGAACAUUAGGAAGAACUUCCUCACUGUGAGAGCUGUUCAGCAGUGGAACUCUCUGCCGCAGAGUGUGGUGGAAGCUCCUUCUCUGGAGGCUUUUAAGCAGAGGCUGGAUAGCCAUCUGUCGGGGGUGCUUUGAAUGCGAUUUUCCUGCUUCUCGGCAGGGGGUUGGACUGGAUGGCCCAUGAGGUCUCCUCCAACUAUGACUCUAUGAGAAGCGACUUGCAGUUUCUCAAGUCACUGCUGACUUUAAAAAAAGCCCGGUGUGUUUAAGAUUACAGCUGUAGGCAGAAAUAGCUUAUUGGAUGUACCUUUUUCAAAUAGACCCUCUUUCAAGGAAGCCACGGGGAAUUUGGCAGAGAAAUUACAGCUUGUGGGUGGUUUGAAAAGUGUGAAAUGUGCAAAAUAUUCCGGAGUGCCAAAAUCAAGCAGUUGCUUUCUCUGAACUUACUUAGCACAUGUGUGGGAUUCAUAUUAUUAGAACUGUUUUGAGCCCAGACGAUGCAGCUGUUGUAUUUUUUCUUCUGGGGGGAGGAAUUCUGGUAAAGGCUCUUGUAUAACUUCAGUUGUGACCAGCCUUCUCAAUGUACAGUGAGAAUUAAUCUGACAGUACUGCUGCAGGAAGUGUUGUGAGUGCUGUUGUAUUCAUGAAAAGGAGAACUUGAUCUUUGUUCUUUGUCCAUGGCCUCGGAAGACCUUGCAUGCCAAGUACCAAAUUUCUACAUUCGGCAGAACUCUACCAAUGCGGUUUCUCUAGAUUUUGAGCCUGAUGCCAGCUAUCAGUUUGUGGAAAUCUUAGAAGAUCGGUACAAAUGUACGCAUUGCCAUCUGGUCCUUCAUAAUCCUCAUCAGACAGGAUGUGGGCACAGAUUUUGCCAGCGAUGCAUAGCCUCUUUAAGAGAACUGAGUGUCAUACCCACCUGUCCAGUAGACAAAGAAAUAAUAAAACCUCAUGAGGUUUUCAAAGACAAUUGCUGCAAAAGGGAAGUUCUCAAUUUGCAAGUAUACUGCAGGAAUUCACCAGCUUGCAAUGCCAAAACGUCUCUGGGACGAUACCAGGAUCAUCUACAACAGUGUUUAUUUGAAAGUGUACAAUGCACUAAUGAAGGAUGUUGUGAAAAAGUUCUUCAGAAGGAUCUGAAAGAACACCUAGGAUUGCACUGUAACUAUCGAAAGGAACUCUGCCGGUACUGUAAUCAGCCUGUGACUUCAAUUAAUGUAAAGACUCACGAGAGAAGAGAUUGUCCUGAGUAUCCACUGAUUUGUCCCCAUGGUUGUACACAAACAAUUCUGAUGAAAGAGGCAGAAGAACAUAUUCUGGUGUGUCCUGCAGUGGAAAUUGACUGUCCAUAUAAACAGUAUGGAUGUCCUGCAAAGAUUAAAAGAGGAAAGGUUUUAGAACAUGAAAAUAUCUACUUGAGAGAACAUAUGUUACAAAUACUGGACAGAAACUCAAAGCUUGAAGAUCAGAUCUCUGAGCUUUAUAAGAACCUAGAACAUAAAGAGAUAAAAAUCCAACAUCUGGCAGAUAUGGUAAAAAAAUGUGAGAAAGAAUUCAGGCAGUUUACACAACUAUAUAGUAAAAAUAACAACUUACUGGCAAGCACCCAGACUCUUGCAAUUCACAUUGAUAAAUCUGCCUGCCUGGAAACACAAGUAAGACAGUUGGUUCAAAUGGCAAAUCAGCAACAGAGUAAAUUUGACCUAAGGCCACUACUGGAGACUGUUGAGAACAUAAAGCAAAAAGUUGCUUUCUUGGAAUCCUAUGAGCAACGUUUGGUUGUCCUGGAAGACUUGUCCAGCCAGCACGAUAUCCACCUGGGUCUUCACAAGGCACAACUGAAUAAAAAUGAAGAACGGUUUAAGCUUUUGGAAGGGACCAGUUACAAUGGGAAACUGAUUUGGAAAAUUGUUGAUUAUAAGACGAAGAAGAAAGAAGCUGUGGAGGGCAGUUGCCUUUCCAUAUUCAGCCAGCCUUUUUAUACCAGCCGCUGUGGGUACAGGUUAUCUACCAGGGCUUAUCUAAAUGGCGAUGGUUCAGGAAAGGGUACCCACGUCUCCUUGUACUUUGUUGUGAUGAGAGGGGAAUUCGAUUCCCUCCUACCAUGGCCUUUCAGGCAAAAGGUUACACUUAUGCUUCUGGACCAAAGCGGAAAGAAAAACCACAUUGUCGAAACAUUUAAGGCUGACCCUAACAGCAGCAGCUUCAAAAGGCCAGAAGGAGAAAUGAAUGUCGCCUCCGGCUGCCCUCGGUUUGUUCCACACACACUGCUUGAAAAUGCAAAGAGUACCUACAUCAAAGAUGAUACAAUCUUCCUGAAAGUAGUAGUGGAUUUGACUGAUCUGGAAGAGUUGUGAGAGCACCUGAAAGAGAACUAUUGAGCGUGGUGACUUGGAGACUUCACACAAAAGGAGAAAAGCUGCUUUUCAAUUUGCUGAUGUCCUUUUUAAUACACAGUGAUAGUUCUGACAACUGUUUUUGUAGUUUUUUCAAAGCUGCUUUAAGGAAUUUGGUUAUGUCUCCAGUGAGGCAAAUAUUAAACAGAUAGCAAAACUUGAUAUUAUGACUUCUUUUUACCUGUUUCAAAGUCUUAACUAUCUCAGAAGCCAUACUUUUCACAUGAUAACCGCAGCAAGAUAUCUUAAAACACAAAAGGAACUCUACUAAUUCCACUCAUUUUAUCACAAGCAUUGCUAUCGAGGUGCUAAGAAAUGUUUUGUGUUUUUCAUUCAGGACACGAAUGUGAAAGAAUGCCAACCUUAGUCUUGGUUAUUAAUCGGACACAUUUCUCAUCUGUCAACCAUAAUAGCAAUAUAAUCCCCUGCACUGCCAGAACCAAAGUAUUCUAGAACAAAAAUAUUCUAGAAUUUACUGGAGGUUCAUGUAAAAUGUGUAGAGAAUUCAAUCUCGAUCAGAUUUUUUUAAAAAAAAAAUGUUUCUUGUGAACGUGAAGCUAUGGUAGAAUAGACCCUUUUUUCCAAAAUAUGAUCUGACUAAACCUUGAAAGCAAAGAUACAAACAGGAAAAAUCUCUAGAUUGCGAUAUUAGGAUACUUGAGUUGAUUUUAUUGGGGUCAUUAGCCAGCAUGUUUAUUUGUAAAUAUUAUAUCCUCGUUGGUAUCACUGUUACAAGCCAAAUGCAGAAAACCUAGACUUUUUUUAUCAGGUGUAUCUAACUUUGUCAUGUUCAAAAGUAGAGUAGAUGCAUAAACCUAGUUAAAUGAUAUUGGAGAUUGUUAUGUGUUGCCUAUCAGAAAUGCUAUUGAAGGAUUGUGUUUUGCUCAUAUUUUUUCAUUCCACAAAAGCUUUGAAGCUUUUUUUGCUUCACAUUUGAGAAUUAAUAAGAGACCCUAAUUCCUGCCUUAAUGGUUUUUUCCUUUAUUUAUUUGUUUAGUUGCAUGACCUGAACUUGGGUUCUUCUCUACAGAAAUUGAUUCUAGCAUGUAGUACAGAAAAGCACUUUAAGGAAUUUAUUCAUUAUAUCUGCGUGUAUGAUUGAAUAUAUUGUUAUCCUACAAUGAACAGUUUGAUAAUUGCAUACAUUCAAAAUGUAUGCUGCAGUUGAAAAAGCCACGUGGAGUUGUUGGUUUUUUUCAAGCUCAAAAUUAGCAAGAAUAGUCACCACUGUGAAAGCUCAAGGCAAUAGGCUUGUUUCCUUAUGGCUUUUACAUGAAGAGUGAAGCUGAGAAACAUGAACAAGAUUAAUAGUAAUGUGUUGCUGAAUUCUCUUUUUUCUCUCCAUGUCAUUAAUCAAUAUCCGUGCCUCUGUAGGGUGUUGUGGUAAUUUAUUGUGUUUAUGUCUAGAGUGUUUUAAGCAUGAAGAGGUAAUGCUUGAAUAGACAUGGCAAUAGAUUGUUGAUGUUGGUUGUGUAGUGAAUUUGCAUAGGAAUUUUGUAAGCAUGGUCACCUUGGCCAUCUUACAAGCACUGAUCUAUUCCUAUUGUUUAAAAGCAUGUUGCAAUACCAGAAAGGUUAUUAAUAGCUUUUUAAUAGGCAUGAAAUCCUUGUCCAAAGACUGCUGAGUACAUUGAGAGCCUGAUAUUAGAGUGUGCCAUACAUUUCAUCCCCUUCCUUGGUACUCCAGUUAUAUUUUCAUCUCCCAUUCCUUUGUAUUCUCUGCUUUAUGGUUAGGAGAGCUGUUAAUCAAAAGGUGUCUUGGAGGUCUUGUGUUCAUAGCAGCCAUUUUGAUGGCAUAUUAUAAAAAAAAGACACUGUUGAAAGAAUAGGAUGGGCAAGAAUAGAGAUAGUCACUGCUACUUCUGUUCCUUUGGGGUUACUUCUUGGUGAUUUCCAAGCUCUAAAAUAAAAGGGACAAUUGCAGCAGGCCUAUACACUCAAGUUCUACUGCAGGAGGCAUCCAGAUUGCCAAAAAAUAUUUUUAAAAACCCAAAACAAAAAAUGGAAACCAAUUUCAGGUUUCAAAAAAACAGGAUUUUUUAAAUAUUAAAUAGUACAAGGAGAGUUUAAGAGGUAAAUUACUGCUCUAGUUCUCUAGAAGCCAUUCGUCUUUCUUCUGGCCAGGGAUCAAGACCUGCCUGACAAUUGUAUUGCCUUUAUCUGCCAUGUAUUUAAUGAUUUUUGUAAAGACAACCUUGUUAUUUAUUUUAAGAACAAACUUUUUUUGUAAUGCUGAUAACUGUGUUUUUAGGUAAAAGUAGUUUUCUAAUUCUUUUCCUACCCUAAGGGUUUGUAACUCUUACUUUUUCUAUAGGAUGCAAUUUGCAAUAGAUUUCCCAUUUGUAGAUUCUUAUUACCUGUGCUUUUUAAAGUUUACAUCUCUUUGCACCUGUUUGACAUGCUUUUAGAUGUAUUUAUUGUUGUGGAUUAUUACCUGGUUUAUCUGUUCAAUUUUUCAAUAAAUUUUAACAAGCAAUAUUUCUUGAAAGAGUUCUAAAACAAAA